AUGUGUAUUGACUACCGACUGCUGAAUCUGCUUAUAAAGCUAUCUCGCUACCCUCUACCCUUGAUCGAUGACCUGCUGGUAGACUUCAAAUCCGCAAUGUGGUUUAUGAGCCUCGACAUGGCGAGCGGAUUCUGGACGGUGCGUAUGACCGAACGUGUGAAGUCGAUUUCCGCAUUCGUCUGCCCCUUCGGCCACUUUCAAUGGCUCAGAAUGCAUAUUGGGUUGAAGAAUGCACCGUUAAUUUAUCAGAGUAUCAUCAAUAACUGUAUGUGGGGAUUCGUCCGUCUACCUCCUGAAGAGGAAGCGAUGGUUGACCCAGAAGUUCUAGAGUUCCUGGAUCUCGAGCCUCAAGAAGCCCUGAAACCUGAAGUGGAUUUGCGGAAUUCAGAGAUUCUGUCAUUGUUCAUGACUGUAUUCCGACGUAAUAUCCCGGUUCCGUCCCAAAUGGGUCCGGUCUUGGGAAGAAGCUCAUAUAUUGACGAUAUCGCUCAUGGGGCGUCGGCCUGGGACCAUCUAUGUGAGGACCUGGACGCGUUGUUGUACAGACUACGAUACUGGAAUAUCUCUGUGAGUUUACAGAAAAGUGAAUUCGGGAAGUUGACCAUCCCAUCCCAUUCUUUUCUCAUGAAGGCCUUGCCGAAGAUUGCCAAAGGCAUAGAGGAUUUACCUUUCCCGUCAACAUACAAGGGAGUGCAGUCCUUCUUAGGAAGUCUGAACUACUACGGUAAGGUUAUUGAAGACUUACCAGUAGUUGCCGCUGUGCUCUACGAACUGGAUGAGGAAUGUGUACGCGCUGGACGGAACCUGGAAGCUGCAAAGGAAUCCUUCGAGAUACUGAAACGUAAGAUCGUGUCGACCCCGCUGUUGCGACAUCAAGACAGAACCAAGUCUUUCGUGAUUAUUCCGCACGCUAACCCGUGGGCGGCGUGUGCUGUUUUGGGUCAGGAGCAUGAAGGGCUCAUACAUCCAGUACGAUUUACUAGCAGAGUGUUGAAGGAAUCAGAGCUACGUUACCACAUAGCUGAGAAGGAAGUUCUCGCAAUCUUGUGGACUCUGGAGGUUUUCAGACCUCUGAUCCGUGGAUCAGAAUUCCCAGUUGUGGUGUAUACGAGCUACUCUGUGCUAAAGUGGUUACUAGAGUCCAACACUGCGGAUGGACGCCAUCUAAGAUGGACCCUGGAAAUCCAUCGGACUCAGAAAGAUGAGGACGGCCUUGCGGCCAUCCUUGGGUCUGGUAUUACUCCCAGGGAACAUUUAGAUGAAGUUGCAGAAACCCUGAUUCCCACCAAGAUGUUGGAAGCAGACUACCAAGGCUACGUUCUGAGUUUUGAUGGCACCGCGAAGGUUUCCACUCGCCGAGGAAGUUGUGGAUGCAUACUGUGGAAGCUGCCAGGAUGGCAGGUUGUGAAAGCUGAGGGGUAUAUCCUUGAAGGUGUGACAGUCAAUGAUGCUGAAUACCAUGGUCUGAUUCUGGGACUGAAGCUCGCUAUGAAGUCAAGGAGCUUGUGGCAGUCGGCUCACGGUCUGAUCAAUUGCAACCAGCCUAACUUGCAACGACGCCUAGCUGAGUAUGAGGAUCUCAAGAAGAAUUAUUUGAUUCAUGUUAAACGCGAAUUUAACCAAGCGGCCGACUACUUGACUUUUAAGACUUUCGUGCUUGGAGAAUCCUGGGGGCUCGAUGACCCCGAUGAGGUAGUACAUCUACGUCUCGUAUCCAGAAUCCCUGAAAAGAUCAUGAAGCCUUCAGUAAUUCCAGGUACCCCUGCGACCAAUGCGGCCCACUCGGACCAAGUCGAACUUGGGACGCGUUACCCUACAGCUGAAAUACUUGGGUCCUUAGCCACCGCAGCUGAGGCAUUGAUGGUGAUGACGAGAUCACAUGCGGAGACGGACACAGGUUCCCGGACUCCUAUAGACCAGUCUGACUACCUGGAUGAACGUUAG